AUGCCUCGAAGGUCUAUUUCUGCAUUCUUCAAGGGCCUUCAAUCCAAAAGCGGCAAAGAAAAAGGUCAGGCGAAGAGGCCAGGCGGCGGAAGCAGGGAGAGCAGCCGGACUCUUGACAAGCUUUCUUGUGUUCCGGCAGUCUCGCCUUCACAUGAAUCGUCACGGCGUUCUGAGAGCAGGGAUUCGCAGCUGUCUCCGCCUGGCAUCAACGUUCCGGCGGUCUCGCCUCCAGACGAGUUCUCAAGGCGUUCUGUGGGCGGAGAAUCAUGGCUCUCUACGCCUGGAGGCAGUGUUCCGGCGCCCUCAAGUGAGACCUCAAUCAUUACGGCCAGACCGAAGAAUGAUCCAGAUGAUCCAAAGGACGACGAGAAAAAGGAGGCUACUUCUCCUACCUCUCCGCAGGAGCUCUGGGAUGAGGCCUACGACCAACUGAAAACCGAAGAAACAAAGCUAUUGCAAAUGUACGAAGUCAUCCUAUCAAACAAACUCCACGACCCUGCCUUUCAGCCCUCUCAAGGGGGGAUCGAUGUCAAUAGCAUCAAACCCACUGGAGAUGAACGACGGGCCCAACUGCUGCUGGUCAUCGAAGCGGGCCAAAAGAAGUUGCAAACAGAGACCAGAAUCAAAGAGAGCAUGGGAGAGGGGAUGAAAGUCGUAAACUCCAUGAGAUACAUCAUAACUUCAGCAGUCCAAGCCGCACCACAGGCGGCUCUUCCAUGGUCCCUUGUGACCAUGUCUUUAGAUUCUGCAUAUAAACUGACUUUUGCGGACAAGAUACUGCAAAACCCACUGAAGCAACACCAAAGAAACAGUGAGGGUAUAUCUUAUACUACGAAGAGGAUGGAGUGGUAUUGGAGCUUGUCGAAUGACCUGUUCAAUCGAGCUGAGUCCUCCAAACCGAGUAUCACGCCUGAUAUUCGAAACGUCUUGAUUUUGCGACUUGGAGAGCUCUACAAGAAGAUUAUACUCUACCAGGUCAAGUCAAUCUGCUCAUACUACCGCAACCGCGGGCUACAGUUGUUCCGCGAACUUGCCAUGAUCCGAGAUCUCGAACUGGGUUUCCAAAACGACUAUGCCGCAUACACGAGCCUGGAGAAUACCAGUCUAAGCCGUCAAAUCAAAGAUUAUUUAGAGCAGCAAGACCGAGACUGUUUGAGAGAUUUGUACAUCACCAAUCCACGGAACGAUAGGAAGCGCCUCCUGGAUGCAAAAGGGGGACUUUUACCGGACUCGUUCAACUGGAAGCAGACCAACCUGCUUUGGAUCAAAGGGGAUCCUGAAUUGGAGAAUAUGACGCCUUAUCCAGAGCUGGUAUCAUACUUCUUUUGCCAGGGCACUGAUCCGAGCUUCAAUAAUGCCCCUGCGGUCUUACGGGGCUUGAUUUAUCUACUGGCGAUACAAAGGCCAUCCCUCAUCAGCCAUCUACAGGAGGAAUACAAGAACGUCGGAAGCAGAAGCCUCUUCGAUGGAGUCAAUGCCUGGGAUCCGGCCUUGGAGAGUGCUUGCCUAGUACUUGAUGCCUUAGAUGAAUGUGAUUCCGGCCGCAAGGCGCCUCAAGUCAAAUGGCUACUCAACAAUGAUAGAUACGUUACGGACAGCGUUGAUGCAUAUGUUCAUAACGAAGCUCUCCGCACGGAAUUACAUCAGGCUAUUAUUGAAAAGUCGAGUGGAACUUUCCUAUGGGCUGCACUCGUGUUCAAGGAAAUCGAAGAGCUGCGCACAUACGACGAAGACGCCGAGAUAUUGGAGCUUUUGAAAGAGAUACCCAGUGGGUUAAUCGCCCUAUACGACAGAAUGCAUCGUUGCCGCAACCUCCUCGCCACGCUGCCCAUUAUGGCUGCAUUGAAAGAUCGACUGGCGCGCUCUGAACCUUUGAAAACCCUGAUCAAGACGUGCGGCUCCUUUCUGACUGUUCGCGACAACGUUGUCUAUUUCAUUCAUCAGUCGGCGAAAGACUACCUGGGGACUGAAGCUAAACCCGGAAGACUGCGGCCAAACAUUUACUCUCUUCCCUAUCCUGGUGUCAAGGCGCAUGAGUAUUGCUGCAUUUCCUGGCUUCGACACUUCUGCGAUGGCUUUUUCGGCGUGGAUAAAGUUUUGAAAUUUGUCAAGACACAUCUCCUUCAUUGGAUUGAAGUUCUGAGCCUUCUGCGAAAUAUCCAAGCUGGAGUUGUAUCCCUGCAGAACCUGGUCAAGAAUGUUUCGCACCGCCUGAAGUUCCACGACUCCUUUGAGUUCUUUCAGGAUGCCGCUCGUUUCAUACUUCACAAUAGGUUUAUUUUGGAGACGGCUCCUCUCCAAACCUAUGUCUCUGCCCUUAUCUUCAGUCCGACCCAAAGUCAGGUGCGGCUUCACUUCAAGGACACACUAUCGUGGAUAAAAACCUUACCCAAGGUUGACGACUACUGGAGUCCUUGUCUAAACACCCUGUACGCUUCUGGAAUCGAAACUGUGGCUUUCUCAAGCGACUCCUUACGUUUAACUGCCUCGUUUUAUGAUGGACGAGCAAGAAGCUGGGACAUAGCCACUGGUGACUUGAUUCGCGACUGGGUAUUCAGCUCUGUCGAACAUAAUCCUUCAACAUUCUCUUGGAACCGCAAACUAUUGGCAGCCUCGAAUGAGAGAAAGACCAUUGUGUGGGAUAUAGAGUCUGGAAACCUGAUUCAUGAGUGGGAGUGCCCCAGAGAGCUGUUUUUGGCGACGACAGUUGACGGUGAAUUCCUCAUCUGGGAUCUCUCGACCGAGCAGUUGGUCCGCAACAUCCCUUGUGGAUGGCCUCGUGAUACAUUCGCAAUAUCCCGAGAUUUUAAGCUCGUCGCUACACGCAAUUAUGAGCGCGUAGGUACAGAAGACCGGAAAGAGAUACAAGUCUCCAACAUAGCCACAGGCGAGCUAGUUUGGGAGCUGGAUAUACAGACUUCGCCCUUUGAAGACGUAACGGAAAUCUCGAAAGAUUUUCUGUACCUAGUCUCGGCCGGGAAAGGUCUCCAAGUCUGGCAUCUCCCGUCGGGCGCAGAGCCCAUCAUUAUCCAUCAAUAUGAAAAUCAGCUCUACUCAGCUGUCUUUUCAGACGAUUCCACCCUUAUGGCCUUGGGUUUUGGAGACGGUAGCGUCGAGGUCUGGAGCCUUGUUGAAAAAUCCAAGAUAGGGUCGUAUAGUGGCCACACUGGCGGCUUUCUGUCGAUGGCGUUCUCAGCAGAUGGCAAACUUUUAGCAACAGCGUCUAUGGAUGGGACAGUCAAGGUUUGGGCGACAGAUAUGUGCAGCAUUCAUGUUGACAAUCCGCCAGAUGACCUUCCCGACAACUGCAGAUUCGGAUCGAUGGCAUUGUCGGACGAUCGGGACUAUGUUGUUUAUGACUCUGACGGAGGCAACAUCAACGUUUGGCACAGGCACAAAGAUCGACGACUUCCCGGAGUCAAACGAUCUCGAUGUUUGCCUACCGAGAAUGCAGAAGGGAUACCACGAUGGCUUUGGCAAGGUGUGCCGGCCAUCUCCAAAGAUUCCAGGCUUAUAGCUCUGGAAUGUAUCUAUUCUGCAAGUCAAUUUGAGGAGCGAUUUCACCAAAUCGAAGUGUGGGACAUUGAUUUACGUCCAUGUGGUCUGGCUUUCUUGCCAGGCGGAGACCUUUUGGCCGUAGCGCAUCAACACGGCGAGAGUACCGCCGUCACUGUCUGGAAAAUAGAGACGGGAGAAUUGGUAUCUAUCUUUGAGACGUCUGGGCGAGUUCGAUUCUACUUUCAUCAUGCGAAUCUAUGUCUAGCUACAGAGACCGGGUGUUACAGCAUAUGCCGAUCGAAUAGCGAAGACCCUUCCUCAAUACACUUUGCGCCUGCAUAUGACUUUCCCGGUUUUGGAUAUUACAUUGACUCAUUGGAAAACGAAUUCGCCGUUGACUGGGUGUGGUGGAAUGGGAAGGGCAUGAUCUGGCUACCAGUGGAUUUUCGUCCAAGGGGGGUCCUCAGUUUUUCUGCAGUUGCAUCGGAGGUGGUGAUAGGAACCGCGGGGAGAGAUAUUGUGACGAUGGAAUUUGAAGAGCCUCCGGCUGAGCUAGGAGACUGGGUGCCGUGGAAGUCAUCGGGGUUCCUUUAG